AUGAAAAUCCGAAGAGGGAAACGCUCCGAGUCGUUUUGGCCUUCGAUGGUGAUGAAGAAAUGGUUGAAUAUUCAGCCAAAGAAUAAUGAUUAUAGUGAAGAUGAGAUCGAUACAGAGACUGAAAGCGAAACCGAUGUUUGUUGUCUUAAAGACGAACGAAUGGAUUUUAACGAGCAGCGUGCUUGUCGAAUGCAGAGCAACAUGUCCGCACGCUUGAGCCAAAUCUCAUAUGCACCCGCGAGAGCAGUUGCGAAGCACAAGAGAGGGAAAUCAGAGACGAUGCGUGUUCAUUAUAUUAAAACGAAAGAUGUGAGGGUAACGGUAGGGACUUGGAAUGUUGCGGGAAAACUCCCGAAUGAGGAUCUAGAUAUCGAUGAGUGGCUUUGUAUGCACGAAGCCACCGACAUAUAUAUACUCGGAUUCCAGGAAGUCGUCCCUUUGAACGCCGGAAACGUACUCGGAGCCGAGACCCGAACUCAUGUAUCGAAAUGGGAGACGAUCAUUCGGAAAUCUUUAAACAAAUCUCUGGAACCUGCAACCCUUCGCAAAAGCUACACCGUACCAACCUCUCCCCAUGCAGACAUCAUUACCGAUUCCAAAAUCAAAGAGAUGAAUCCGAUGGCCGGAAUAAAGAGAUUCGACGAUCUAGAUUGGCCGGAAUACCCACUGGACAAAAAACACGACGUCUGUCUUUCCGGUGGGAAAUACUUACGUAGGGUGUUAAGUAACUCAGAUCGAGUUCGUAAUGAUUGGUUCACAAAUCCAGUGGAUUUUGGCCCCCAUGGGAGUCGUGUGGGCGAUCUUGGUGGGUUGAGGAGGGCACGCCAUAGCUUGGGCGACUUGGGUUUGCCAUGGACACCGGUGCAACCAGAACGGACGAACGAUGUUCGUUCUCUUUAUGAUGUAUCCGAACAAGUACCGGAAGAAGAUGAUGUCGAACACGAGAAUGCAUCUUCGCAAAAUGGCGGAAAAUCGUGUAGGUUCGUGCGAAUCGUGAGUAAGCAGAUGGUGGGGAUAUACAUUUCGAUUUGGGUUCGUAAAAGAUUGAGACGACAUAUAAACAACGUAAAAGUAUCGACCGUUGGUACCGGGAUUAUGGGCUAUAUAGGCAAUAAGGGAUCGAUUUCCGUUAGCAUGUCUCUUCAUCAAACGCGAUUAUGUUUCGUUUGUUCUCAUUUGACGUCGGGACACAAGGACCGUGAUGACGAGAGACGCAACUCUGAUGUGGUCGAGGUCUUAAGACGUACUCACUUCUCGUCAGUUUUAGACCCCGAUCAACCUCAAACAAUUCCCUCUCAUGAUCGGAUAUUCUGGUUCGGCGAUUUGAAUUACCGCAUCAAUAUAGCGGACGCAGACGUUAGAAAGCUCGUUGCGAUGAAGCAGUGGGACAAACUACUCUAUUACGAUCAGUUACGCAACGAACUCAGAAAAGGGCGUAUCUUCGAGGGUUGGAAGGAAGGCGUUAUCGACUUCCCACCGACUUACAAGUACGAAAUCAAUUCGGAUCGAUAUGUAGGUGAAAAUCCAAAAGAAGGGGAGAAAGGAAGAACACCUGCAUGGUGUGAUCGUAUUUUAUGGCUGGGAAAAGGAAUAAAACAAGUUUGUUAUCGUAGAGCGGAGUUGCGAAUGUCUGAUCAUCGGCCCGUCAGUUCGGUGUUUUCGGUUGAGGCGGAAGUGUUUGACCCUAGAAAGCUUCGCCGAGCUCUCAAUUUGACUAGUGGUGCGAUACAUCAAGAAAUAGUCGUGGACGACGAACACGAGCGGGAGUUGUAGCAAAUGGUUUCGUGUUACAACUUCUUGUUGGUCGUCCAAGGAUUACUCGUGGAGUUUUGGUUUGAAAUAAUCCCUCUAUCCCUAACCCUAUUCCAAAGUGGAAAUUGUGGAUAAGUUUGAUUUGGUUUAUAUAUACAUGUGAUGUGAAGAUGUGUUCAAGUGUUACAAAUUAAGUUGUUCAUGUAGGAUGGAAGUUACUUAAUUACUUGAGAAGACAUUUGUUUAUUUAUUUGACGAUUGUGUUGUAAAAAUUAAUAAUCAUA